AAGGCGCCAUUGGACGGACGGCCCGUCGGUCUCCGGGGACUUUCCCAGGGGCGUGGCGUGGCCCCGGCAUUUCCUGGUACGGACCGGAGCUUAGGUUCCGCCAGCUUGGCCCCGGGCCCUGAAGGUCUCGUCUUAGGCUAGGUGGCCAUCACGGCAAGGGUUGAACUGCCCUCAUGGAAGGGAGAGGACCCUACCGGAUCUACGACCCAGGGGGCAGCACGCCUCUGGGAGAGGCAUCCGCAGCCUUUGAACGCCUAGUGGAGGAGAAUAUUCGGCUGAAGGGAAAAAUACAAGGGAUAAAGAUGUUAGGAGAGCUUCUGGAGGAGUCUCAGAUGGAAGCAUCCAGGCUCCGGCAGAAGGCAGAGGAGCUGGUCAAGGACAGUGAGCUGCCUCCAUCACCACCUGCUCCCUCUUUGGACUCCUUUGAUCCUCUGGCUGAGCUCACAGGACAGGAUCCACAGGCCCAAGUGCAUUCUACUGCCACCGCCACUACCACCACCACCAAAAACUCCAUGGAGAAGCCAGCGCCAGCCUCCAAGCCUCCAUCCAGCGGCGCCUCCUCUGACUUUGAAGUGGUCCUCACUGAGGAGCGGAACUCUCCACCUGAAGCUGGCAGCCAGCCUCGACACGCGAUAGAGCUGGGGCCCCCACCCCCAGAGGAUGGCAACCUGAUGCUCCACCUGCAGCGCCUGGAGACCACCCUGAGUGUGUGUGCGGAGGAGCCCGACCACAGCCAGCUCUUCACCCACCUGGGCCGCAUGGCCCUUGAGUUCAACAGGUUGGCCUCCAAGGUGCAUAAAAACGAGCAACGCACGUCCAUCCUUCAGACCCUGUGUGAGCAGCUGCGCCAGGAGAAUGAAGCCCUGAAGUCCAAGCUGGACAAGGGCCUGGAACAGCGAGAUCAGGCUGCUGAGAGGCUGCGGGAGGAAAACAUGGAGCUCAAGAAACUGUUGAUGAACAGCAGCUGCAAAGAGGGCAUCUGUGGGCAGCCCAGCUCCCCAAAGACAGGGGGUGCUGGCAAGAAGGGCGUGGCCGGACAGCAGCAGGCCAGUGUGAUGGCAGGUAAAAUCCCCGAGGUGGGGGCAUUGGGCACAGCUGAGAAGAGGGUGAAGAUGCUGGAACAGCAACGCAUGGAGCUGCUGGAGGUGAACAAGCAGUGGGACCAGCAUUUCCGCUCCAUGAAGCAGCAGUAUGAGCAGAAGAUCACAGAGCUCCGCCAGAAGCUGGUGGACCUGCAGAAGCAGGUGGCCGAGCUGGAGACCGAGCGCGAGCAGAAGCAGCGUGACUUUGACCGGAAACUCCUCCUGGCCAAAUCUAAGAUCGAGAUGGAAGAGGCCGACAAGGAGCAGCUGACAUCGGAGGCCAAGGAGCUGCGCCAGAGGGUCAGAUACCUGCAGGAUCAGCUGAGCCCACUCACCCGGCAACGGGACUACCAGGAAAAGGAGAUCCAGCGGCUCAAUAAGGCACUAGAGGAGGCCCUCAGCAUCCAGGCCUCUCCAUCAUCUCCACCUCCAGCUUUUGGGAACCCAGAAGGGGUUGGGGGCCACCUGAGGAAGCAGGAGCUGGUGACGCAGAAUGAGCUGCUAAAACAGCAGGUGAAGAUCUUUGAGGAGGACUUCCAGAGGGAACGGAGUGACCGUGAGCGCAUGAACGAAGAGAAAGAGGAGCUGAAGAAGCAGGUGGAGACGCUGCAGGCCCAGGUCACCGUGACCAAUGCCCAGCUGAAAGCACUCAAAGAUGAGGAGAAGGCCAGAGAAGCCGCCAAACAGCAGAAGAGGAAAGCGAAGGUCUCGGGAGAGCGCUACCACGUGGAACCCCACCCUGAGCACCUCUGCGGGGCCUAUCCCUACGCCUACCCACCCAUGCCAACCAUGGUACCUCACCACGCCUUCAAGGACUGGUCCCAGAUCCGCUACCCUCCAUCCCCUAUGCCCAUGGAGCACCCACCCCGACUCCCCAACUCUCCUCUCUUUCAUCUGCCACAGCCGGAAUACACCUGGCGUCCACUCUAUGCAGGGAUUCGAAAUCAAACCUCACAAAUGGUAGACCCGCCCCCAGACAGGCCUGCAGAACCAGACUCUGCAGAAAAUGACUGUGAGGGGCCUCAGUGAGACUGCAUUGGGUCAUUUGGCUCCACCUUCAUCUUGCAGAGCCAUCUAAUGCCAGAAUUCCGAGACCGUAGAGGACAUGUGCAUGUUCUGUGUGGCCCAAGUUUUGGCAGAACAGAGACUGGGCUGAGCAGGCAGCCCACAUCCUCAGCCCGACCUGGAACUGUUUGCAAGACUAAGGAGAAUCGACCCACGAGGCCUCCACCAGCUUCUUCAGGAUGCGAUGAGGAGAUACUCAGCACCCUGCCCCGUGGCCAUGACAAGGAGGCCUCGCCUGGCUUUGACCUGCCCUCUGUUGCUGAGGCCACUGGCUUCCAUACUAAGAGUGGGGUGCAACCAAGACCCCUUCCUCUCAGAACUCGAGAGACUUGGUUCCAGGUUCUCCAGAGACCACGUCCAGUUCAUGUGCAUGUGUAAUUUUUGCUUCAAGCUCAGUAGCAGGACCUGCCCCAUGCCUCCCCCUCCUCAUCCCUCUGUGAGGAAUUAUGGGAAGAGGGCUUUGUCUCUAGAGCAGAAGAGAACGAUGGGAUGUUCUGAUGCCAGUGUGCUCUCUACUGAACCCACAGCAGCCUCUUGAGAGCCACCACGAUCUGGGAUGAAGGCUACACCAGCCAUGUCUGCUGAAGGGCCCCAGCCUGAAGCUGCCUCCAGCCCCCACAGUUAGAUGUUUAUGGUGCCAGAGGUCUGUAUUGAGGUAGCUGUCUGUUGCUAGGCAGCUGUUUGCACAAAUCUUGGACAUAAAUCCAACUUGAGGAUCAA